GUUUAUUUUCGGCUGAUUGUGUAAUGUACACAUCAUCAACCUAUCUACAAGGGAACGCUCAACAUUAGCCUGUCACCGAAGAUGACGGAUUCCAUACUGUUGCUUGUUACCUCCGGAAGUAACAAGAAAACUACAUUUCGGAUCCACAAGGAUGCAUCUGUUGAAGAUCUGAUGAGAAAGAUCGCGGAUUGGAAUGGCAUUGACCCUAAAAGCCAGGGUGUGUUGUUCGCCGGAAAGGAGUUGGCAUCAGAGAAAAAAGGGAAGAAAAUGUACAUUUCGGAUUACAAGCUACUGGAUCGCUCCGAGCUCUUUGUGGUGUUCAAGCUUCCAGGAGGAAAUGACCCAGAACCACCGAAAACUCUAGACGAUGACGUAGAGCUUAGCGACGCCCCAGAUAUGAUCACGUGGGAUGACGAUCCCGACAACAAACGCGCCAAAAUGCCGUGUGGACAUGCAAUAAGUCCAGAGUCCCUCACGGCGUACUGUCGGAGUCUGUUGACGGCGGGUAAGUUCCAGUUUUACUGUCCGUAUAUUGACCAGGAUAAUGGCACGUACUGCGGUCAGCCCUGGGAGUACUUCAUUGUUCGGAGACUUGCAGUUCUCACGGAGGAAGAGAAGACGGAAUUUGAGACGAAAAUGUCACAGAACUACAUGAGGAAAUCCGCCGGGAUACAAGAAUGUCCUCAGUGUUCUGUGUUCUGCAUGAGGGUCAACUCUAAAGAUCGGCGAGUGGUAUGUUUGUCCUGUAGUAAGGGAACCAGGUACGAGUUCUGUUGGUACUGCCUUGGUGACUGGAAGACCUUCAACACGACCAAACUGUGGGAACACGGCUUGUGAAGGCGAAGACCCCAGACUGAAGAUUCUGAAGAAGGCUACACUCAAGGUGAUCGUUGGGCUGAAAGGGUGUCCCUCCAUCAGGGCGUGCCCUAACUGCGGGAUGCUUAUACAGCACGAAAGAGCGUGCAAACAUAUGGUGUGUGUAUGCGGGCAGAGGUUUUGUUUCAUUUGCCUUGGUAUUCCGAACGAACAGGGCUA